AUGCGCCGAAAUAUUCCAAAAAGGAAUUGGAUUCAUCUAUCUAUCUAUCUAUCUAUCUAUCUAUCUAUCUAUCUAUCUAUCUACCUCAUUCUUUCUCGGUCGUUUUCUCUCUUUCUCUCACGUUCUUUCUCUCUUAAUCUUUCUCGUUUUCUAAUACUUUUCGUUCUCUCUCUCUCUUUCUCUCUCCUUUCUCCCCUCCCUAUAUCUCUAUCGUAUACAAUUUCCUUCAUAUUUCUAUGCCACCUUUUUUUUCCACCAUUUUUUCCACCAAUCUCUUUUGGUCAUUUUCCUUCGCUCUUUUUUUUUUCGUUCCUUCCCUGUAUUAUUUAUUAUUCUAUUUCUUUUUCUUUUCAUUUUACAUUAUCAUCAUUUUUCUUCAAUUUUCGUAUUCAACUUGGAUUUGUUAUCGUUCCUCCUAUUAUUUUUCUUUCACUUUCGUUUUCGCUUAAUACUUUCACUUUCAUUUUUUUUAUUCGACGUUCGCUUUCCUUGUACCGUUUCUACUUUUACUUUCAUUUUCCUUUUUCCAUUGCCCGUUUCUUCAUAAUAUUUCACUGUUUUCUUUAUGUUUUUCCCUGUCCUUUUUCAAUAUUUUUCCUUUUCCCUUGA